GUCAUCAUGGGGAAACAUUUUCACCUAUUCGAGAACAUUUCGAAGGUGAGUCCCUUUGAGGGGCCCCAGUAUUAUCUGGCCCCUCUAUGGGCCUUUCACCUGCAAACAGUCUUCAUGGGCAUAGUCCUGUUCGCCGGAACUCCUUUAAACUUUAUAGUUCUCCUCGUGACGCUUAAGUACAAGAAGCUCCGAGUCCCUCUCAACUACAUCCUCGUCAACAUCUCCUUUGCAGGAUUCAUCUUCGUCGUCUUCUCUGUCAGCCAGGUGUUCAUCGCAUCCAUGAGGGGUUACUACUUCCUGGGUCACACCCUGUGUGCCAUGGAGGCCGCCAUGGGGUCAAUAGCAGGUCUAGUGACGUCAUGGUCUUUGGCCGUCUUGUCUUUUGAGAGAUACCUGGUCAUCUGUAAACCGUUUGGAGCCUUUAAGUUCGGCAGUAAUCACGCUUUGGCUGCUGUCGCCUUCACCUGGUUCAUGGGGGUCAGCUGUGCCACCCCACCUUUCUUUGGCUGGAGCAGGUACAUCCCUGAGGGUCUGGGCUGCUCCUGUGGACCGGACUGGUACACUCACAACGAGGAGUUUCACUGCAGCAGCUACGUAAACUUUCUGAUGGUGACCUGUUUCAUCUGUCCGAUCUCCAUCAUCAUCUUCUCCUACUCCCAGUUACUGAGCGCCCUAAGAGCUGUUGCAGCCCAGCAGACAGAGUCAGCCUCCACACAGAAGGCGGAGAAGGAAGUUUCGAGAAUGAUCAUUGUGAUGGUGGGUUCCUUCAUCACCUGCUAUGCCCCGUAUGCUCUCGCUGCUCUUUACUUCGCCUACUCUUCAAACGAACACAAAGAUUAUCGACUUGUCACCAUCCCAGCUUUUUUCUCCAAGAGCUCAUGUGUCUACAAUCCGCUCAUCUAUGCUUUCAUGAACAAACAGUUUAACGCCUGCAUCAUGGAAACAGUCUUCGGAAAGAAAAUGGAUGAAUCAUCUGAAGUUUCUUCAAAAACAGAAACGUCUUCAGUUUCCACAGUUUCUUAA